GCCAUGAUUGUUUGUGUUUUGCGUUGGUUGUAACUUCGUGUUAUGACCCGACCCGGAAAGACGACAAAAAGAGGUUUUUGAAAAGAUUGUAUUGACGAUUUAAAUAAGCGACCUGAAGAUGGAGUCCAGAUUUGCUAACCUGUGCCAGCGGGACACCAGUGUGUCUAUGCUGAGGGUGAAAAUGUCCCGCAGAAGGUCUCAGUCCCAAAAGGAGAAUCGUGAACGGGCAGUGAAUACACGCAGGCAGCUGGAAAAGCUCACAGAGAUGGACAUAUCUUGUCUGGACGCCUCCAUUGCUGUGCCAAAUAUGUCAACAAGUCAGGAGAAUACACGGAGCAAUACAAAUCCUACUAAAAGUCUUGCACAACAGGAAAGGCUGAAACAGCUUGAGCGCUGGAAGGAACGCAAGACUCUUGAGAAGGAAAAGGAAAAAAGAGAGAAAGAGCGUAAAAGAAUCUUUAAGACUGGUCUCUAUCAACCAAAGGACACUUGUAAUGCCACGUCACGGUCUGUUGCACCGUGUCCUUCGGCUAAACUGAAGGAGAAAAACGUGAAUAUGGCCAUAUCCCAGAGCAUCAGAGUCACACGUUCAAUGAAACAGCAGCAUGGCUUGCAAGAGGAUCUAAAGACUGGGGCGAAUAAAGGUAGAAAACCUGUCGUGGAAAGGUUGACCAGGGCCAAUCCAGCUUCUGUCAAACCUGCACCGAGUGCCAAGACCAAAGUUUCUGGAGGUCAUCCCGCUGUAGCAGGGCCUGCCACACGAGCUUUAUCAACCAGAUCAGCCAACAGGGCUACUGUAACAAAAAAUCCUGUGGAAAAGGACAAACCGAAGGAAAAGCCUGCAGAUGUAAGAACCACCAGGACCAGAGCGCUUGUUAACCCUGUGGUGCCCCCGUCUGGUCGAGGAAGGAACUUUAAAGCACCUGUGAGCAACACUGAGAACCCUGCUAUCCCCAAGGAGUCGGAGCUGAAUGAGGUACAGGUGCAGGAACCAGAGAAAGCGUGUUGUCCUUCCAACCAACCAGCCUGUUCUAAGGAGGAAGACAUGUGCGUGGAUCAAGAUCCAAAGGAAUCUGCUCCUGAUAUGGAUACCGGUUUACAGUCAUUUGCUCCAGAAGGCUUUGUCUUCCAGGCCCCUGUUGGCUUGUCAUCUUUCAAGCUGGACCCUCUCACUCCUCGCUCAGCAGAUGCCUUCCUUACACCAAGCACCAGCUUCAAUCUUCCACCUGCACCAGUUUUCACCCUUGAGCCUCAAGUUGAGCUGAGGGAACAAUCUCCUCCACGAACAUCCCUCACAGUAGCCCCGCCAACUCCAGGCAGCCCCCUGGAAUCAAAGCAUGAUGUGCCAUACUUCAGGUCGGAAAUUGCUAAAGAGACAGACAGUCUGACGAGUCUUAGUCUCCACUGGGAGUCUAAAGUGGAGGAUGAGUCCAUCCCAGAGGAAAUGAGAGAUCGCAUGCGCACAGCUGUUGGUCAGGCAAGGUUGCUGAUGAAAGAGCGAUUCAAGCAGUUCGGUGGUCUGGUGGACGACUGUGAACUUGGCCGAGGGGAGAAGAUCACCACCUGUACCGACCUGCAGGGAUUCUGGGACAUGGUUUAUUACCAGGUAGAAGAUGUCAACAAGAAGUUUGGUGCUCUUAAAGAAGCUGAGUGCAGAGGUUGGGUGGAGGACCAUAAACCCCCACCACGACCGAGGAAAGUCGUGAAGAAACCAUCAGCUGCACCUGUCAGUGUAACAGGAACCAAAGCAGCUGCCAAGUCUCGUCUGGCUGCCGUGAAAGCGGCCAUGAAAGCCAAACAGCAGGCAGCCAAGGACGCUGUAAACACUGACGACAUGAGCUCUCAGGAGCCCCAACCCCAGCCAGGUGCCCAGAUGUUGGAAUCCACCGUGUUUGAUGGAGGUUUCUUCAAGGUGGAGAGUCCGGCCAGACCACCAGUUAGGAGAUCCACUCAGUUGAGUGCUGCACUGUUGCCUCAGGCCUCUCCCCGCUCCACGUACUUCUCACCUAGAGAAGUCAUUCAAGAGUCCCUGGAGAACAAUGACCACGGUCAUUGUUCUCCAGCUAAACCCUCACCCACACCUUGUUCAUCAACUAUUAAGGAUGUUCUUUCAGAUGAGACCCAGUCAAAGAGAAGCCCCACACAGCAGUCUGAAAGUGUCUUCCCACAUGAAGGCACUCCUGUUCCUAAACUGGGCACACAAGUACUUGCAUCCAUUUCCUUGGAAAAUGAGUAUGCUUCAGCUGAUUUGCCCAUCAAAGAUGGCCUCCCCCUCUCCCCAAGACUUUCCUUCUCUCUGUGCAAAACACCUCCUCCAGCUCCCCAUCCUCCUGAGCCUUCAUCAGCACUGAGCUUUAUGCUGUCACCCUGCAUAUCUCCUAGCCAGCCAGACAUCUCCUCCCCUGCUGUGCAGGUCCCCAUUGAGACCCAGCAGUCCAUGUGUCACACACCAGACAGCAUUGUCCUUCAGGAGCUUCCUGGGUUGGACUUUGAGCGAUACCUCCAGGCUUCACAGAGAGGCAGCUUGUCACCGAUGGAGACAACCGAAAGUGAGAUGUUUUCACCCAUGGACACAAAUGAAGAGAUGAAGAGUCCCAGAAAUCAACCGAGAGAAGUUCUUACUCCACAAGAGACAGCACUGUCACCGAUGUCGUCACUGUUAAAGCUUCAGUCACCUCAGGCGCAGAGUGCAGAGACUGAGAUGCUUCUGUUCACGCAGGACCUCAAAGACCGGAUACGCGAGUCUGUCUGUCCCAGUGAUCUCAUGGUCUUCACCCCUCCUUCCAACAAAUAGAGGGAGAUUUUCUUUUCUUUUCUUUCUUUUCUUUGUUCUCAUUAAAGUUUUCGUUACAAACAGGACAUGGUCAGUACUUUUCUUUUUUGUGCUGCCACAAAUCGGCAGAGGAGUCUCUGCUUCUGUCACUGACCUCACAGGAAUGUUUGUUUGUAGACUGUGGAUGGAUGGUUCAAACACAAAACCGGUUUCAGCUUGUUUGUCACAUUUCUCUGUAGUAUCGUGUCGUUCAUCUACCGCUUGAGACACCUACCACAGUACAAUCACCAGCUGUACUCAACUUAAUGACGUUAAACUGGAACAAGGAAAGGUAUUGGCACUAACUAGUGUCAUUAUUCAUGCCAAAUUUAACAAUUUCACAAAGCCAUUCAUAUUAUUUGAUUGUAUCUUGGUGCAAAGUUAUGCAAUCCUAGACUAAUAAAAAUGUAGAUAGAGAUACAAUUUUUGUUUUUCCGUCAAUAGCUUUACAGGGCUGUCUCAGAAAAUUAGAAUAUUGUGAUAAAGUUCCAUAUUUUCUGUAAUGCAAUU